AUGAAUGACUAUGAGUCUCGAGGUCACUUGGAGGAAGUGGAACCUCCUUCAACAAGCGAAGGCCACUUCUACUACAUACCUCACCAUGGUAUUCUGCGCGACUCCGUCACAACUCCUCUUCGCGUAGUUUUUGACGCAAGCGCUAAGGACGCCAAGGAGACGUCCUUAAACGCUACCCUUCUCGCUGGGCCCAAGCUUCAGACCAACAUUUUCGAUCUGCUCACACGCUUUCGUUGGCAUGCCGUCGUCUUGACAGGUGACGUGAAACAAAUGUACAGGCAGAUACUGGUUCCUGAAGAGGACGCUGAAUUUCAGCGCAUCUUGUGGCGGCCCUCGGCUGUCGGUCCUGUGCGCGACUAUCGUCUUAAAAUGGUCACUUACGGGGUUUCUGCUGCGCCAUUCCAGGCUCUUCGUACAAUGGCUCAACUUGCCAGUGAUUCUGCAGCCAGCUACCCAGGUGGUUCAACCGUUCUCGCUCGUGACAUCUACGUCGACGACGUCGUCACCGGAGCGGAUUCUGUCGAACAGGCGCGUUCGCUUCAGGCGGAACUUACGAAAAUAAUGUCGUCGGGGGGUUUUCAUCUCAGGAAGUGGACCUCCAACAGUAGUGAGUUCCUGGAGAGCCUUCCGUCUUCUGAUCUCUACUCGGAAGACUUCAAACAUUUUGAAGAAAUGACUGACAUUUCUCUUAAGAUAUUGGGCUUGCUAUGGCAACCUCAAUCUGACUCCUUUCGUUUUCGUGUAGCAUCUACUCCCAACGGUCGAUGUACAAAGCGCACCAUUCUCUCUGAGAUAGCUAGGAUCUUCGAUCCAUUGGGUUUCCUCUCGCCUGUAACAUUCUUCGCCAAGUAUCUGAUGCAAUUACUUUGGGUUUCGGGCGUUUCCUGGGAUGGAGAUGUCCCGGAAAGCAUCAGGCUGGAAUGGCAGGAAUUCAAAACUCAACUCUCGUCGCUGAGUGCUGUAUCUGUGCCUCGCCCGUUAGUCGGGAAAUUCGACGUGCUACAUCUCCACGGAUUUUGUGACGCAUCAGAACGUGGCUUCGGUGCCGUAAUCUAUUGCCGUACAGUAACUGAGGAGGGCGACGUCGACGUCCAGCUAGUGUGUGCGAAAUCCAAGGUCGCGCCGCUACGUAAAUUGUCAGUGCCGCGUCUCGAAUUGCUCGCAGCAGUUCUGCUGUCGGACUUGAUGGCUUCGGUCGUGGAGGCUUUGAAGCCUUUCCACUCGGUAGAUAGAAUCAACGCGUGGUCUGACUCUAGCGUUGCGUUGACUUGGAUAAAGUCUUGCCCUUCCAAGUGGAAAACUUUCGUGGCUAACCGCGUGAGCCACAUCCAGGAGAUUAUUCCUCCUGAUUGUUGGCGACAUGUGAGGACUGGCGAUAACCCAGCCGACUGUGGGUCGCGGGGCCUCUUGCCGAACGACCUGGUCCACCAUAGUAACUGGUGGAAGGGUCCAUCUUGGCUCGUGCUGGACAAGUCUGACUGGCCUAAGUCAACAUUAUCAGUCGACGUGGAUGUCCUACACGAAGAGCGCAAGGUGACUGUCCUCACUGUCUCUUUGCAGGAGACGUGGACAUACAACCUAAUGAAUAAGUUCUCGGCACUGAGGACAGUCCAACAUGUCCUCGCCUAUUGUCUUCGUUUCGUGCACAACGUGAGAAAUCAGAAGACGCCCAACAACUUGUUGGACGGUCCUUUAACACCCCUGGAGAUUAAACAGGCGCUUAUGUUCCUCGUGCGUUCUGUUCAACAACACCACUUUGCUUCGGAGAUCGAGAAAGUGAAAAACAAUCUUUCGAACUUUCUCCCGAAAGCAUUUAAGAAAUUGUCUCCAUUCCUCGAUGACGCGGGUCUCUUGAGGGUGGGCGGACGCCUGUCGCGAGCUUCUCUCGAAGUCGAUGUUAAACAUCCCCUGUUGCUACCUCGCGACGACCGUCUUACCUCCCUCUUGAUCGACGAGUACCAUAAGCGUUUCAUGCACCCAGGCGUCCAGACGCUUCAUAAUUUGCUGGCGCAGCAUUUCUGGAUACUGUCCCCAAAGCGAGCUAUCCACGCAGUCACGUCAAAAUGCAUGAAAUGCUUCCGUGUUCGACCACUCGGUGCUCCUGCGCCGUUCAUGGGCGACUUGCCGUCUUAUCGGGUAGCCCAGCUCAAAGCGUUCCUGAGUGCUGCUGUCGAUUUCGGGGGACCUUUUGACAUAGCUCUGGGUCGCGGACGAGGCAACAAGACCUACAAGGGUUACAUUUGCGUUUUGGUGUGCACCUCGACAAUGGCUGUACACACGGAGCUCGUCACUGAGCUGUCCUCAGACGCGUUUCUCGCCGCGCUUCGCCGCUUUGUCGCGCGUCGUGGUCGGUGUAACCGGUUGGUGUCCGACCAGGGGAAGAAUUUUGUCGGUGCGAGCAAUGUUCUGCAACGUCUUGUAGGAGAUGCUGCGACGCAUAGUGAGAUUAAGUUCGAGUUUAAUCCGCCAGGCAGCCCUCACUUCUCAGGUCUCGCUGAGGCCGGUACUCUGAGGGUCGAGGCUCUUCUUAAUUCGAGACCCCUUACUCCUCUCAGUACCGAUCCCAACGACCUGACGGCUCUGACUCCCGGUCAUUUCCUCACCACGGAGCCCCUGUCGGUCGUGCCUGAAGAAGACCAAUCAGACGUUCGGGUUAGCCCUCUCCAACGCUGGAAGCUGCUUCAGAAGAUGCACCAGGACUUCUGGAAGAAAUGGUCGAAGGAGUAUAUGCAUACUCUCCAGCAGCGGAUGAAGUGGCACGAUAGGCAGCCCAACGUCCAAAUUGGUGCACUAGUGCUCGUUGUGAACGAGCAGACGAGCCCAAUGAAGUGGCCCUUGGGUCGCAUCAUCGACACACACCCCGGAUCCGAUGGGAUCUGUCGUGUGGUUACUGUGCGCACAGCCACAGGGUCGUACAAAUGGCCUGUGGUCAAACUGUGCCCACUGCCUGCGUAG